UGACCCAACUCCCAAUGUUAAAGUGCCUAGGAUAGAACAAGGGUUACAGCAUUUUGGUCACCAGAAACAUUAAGUUCAAGACAAUAUUGGCAUAAUUCUCUACUUUUUUUUAUGAGGCAUUUAAGUGAGAAUUGGUAUUUAGAAGAACAGGUCAUUAGUAAAUGAUUAGUUUUCAGACUUUGCAAAACACAGUUUUAUCAUAACUUUGUCAAUUCUAAUGUUUGGUGCACCUGUCUCAUCCUGCUUUAUCUUGUUCAGGGUGGCUGCAAGCUGACAUUUUGCAGACAAAAUGCAAGUUACUCAUUGAAAAAAACAAACUUGUAGACUAGACUCCUGUUAUAUAGCUGAGUGAGCACAAUAAAUCUUUCACUUAGCAGCAUCUGGAUGAAAGACGUCGCUGUUGCUUCUUUCAUUGAAUUUUUUUCUUUUCCUCCUUCUGUCAUUUUUGGGGAUUUAUCUUCAAGAUGAAGUUUGAGAAUGUGCUGGCAGAGGUUAACGGAUUUGGAAGGUUUCAAAUUAGGACAAUCCUUCUGUUGGUAAUUCCUCGCAUGACUUUGCCUUUUCACUUUCUGCUGAAUAAUUUCAUUGCAGCUGUUCCUUCUCACCACUGUGACAUCAGCCCUCUGGAUGAUGGAGACCUUUUUAGAAAUUUAUCUGAGCUGGAGAAGCUUGUCGUUAGUAUUCCCGCUCAGCAGGAUGGGAGUUCACACUCUUGCCAGAUGUUUGCAGAGCCUCAAUACCAUCUUGUUUGGAACGGGACUAACAGCACUGACCCACUCAAAAUACCAUGCACGAAUGGCUGGUGGUACGACAACACCACAUUCAAAUCUACUCUGGCCUCACAGUGGGACCUGGUUUGUGAUAAGAAAAGCAUGAACAGAGCUACAGCUACCAUCUUUUUCAUGGGGGUCAUGCUUGGAGCAGCAAUUUUUGGAUAUCUCAGUGACAGGUUUGGCCGUAAAAGAACACUUCUGGUGUCCUACAUAGCAACCACCACCUUUGGAUUUGCAAGUGCUUUCUCAUAUAAUUUUCCCAUGUUCGUUGCUAUGAGGUUUUUAACCGGAGUAGGAAUUUCUGGAAUAAGUAUAGUUUCCAUCGUUCUUUGUGUUGAAUGGGUGGACAUCAAGCAUCGGACAUAUGUGGGUGUUCUGAUGAGCCUGGACUGGAGCUUUUCUACUGUAGUACUGCCUGCUCUGGCCUAUUUUGUGAAUGACUGGAGGUCCCUGACUGCCACUGUUACAGCCCCGCUGCUUGCGGCUAUGAUCACUUGGCGCUGGCUUCCUGAGUCUGCUAGGUGGUUGAUAAGCACUGGAAAGGUGGAUAGAGCUCAUUUUUACCUUCAUCAGUGUGCCACUGUAAACCACAGAGAGGACUUCAUGGCAGACUUAAAGCCCGAGGUUUUGUCUAAAGUAAUACUGGUGGAGGAUGAAAACAGAAAAUAUUCUUAUGUGGACCUUGUGAAAACCCCCAGAAUGAGACGACUGGCGCUUCUUACUGGCAUAGUUUGGUUUGGAGUGGCUUGUACCUACUAUGGAAUUAGCUUGAAUGUCACUGGGUUCGGAGUGAACAUUUAUCUCACACAGUUCAUCUAUGGAGUGACAGAAGUUCCAGCAAAAGCCUUCAUAGUUUUCUUUUUGAACAAGAUAGGCCGAAGGUUGACUCAAGUCGGAACACUUUUAUUGACAGGACUGUGCAUCUUCUGCAACAUUUUUAUCCCUCAAGAUCAGGUGGCUGCACGGACCACUGUGGGAGCUUUGGGCAAGAUGCUUGCUGAAGCUGCAUUCACAACUGUAUUUCUGUACACAACAGAGCUGUACCCCACUGUCAUGAGGCAAAAUGGGUUAGGAUACAGCUCCUUCAUGGCUCGUAUAGGAGUUUCUGUUUCCCCUCUGAUGAUGAUUCUUGAAGAAACAUGGAUUCACCUUCCAAACACCAUUUUCUCAGCCGUGGCUUUCAUAGCAGGACUAUCCGCUUCUUUUCUUCCUGAAACUCGAAACAUCCGUCUUCCGGAGACCAUAGAGGACGUAGAACAAAAAAGAAGGCGAUCAAUUCCAACAAGUGAUGAGAAAUCUGCUUCAUGAAGUUUUUCUUCAAUGCAAACAAAGGAGGAACCAGCGAGUGAUGGCAGCUGCUGAAAAACAGCAAUCUAGGGUUUUGGUACUAGAUGUGAUUGUAUUCAAAGUUGUAUAAAUAUGCUGUAAACCAAAAUAAAGAUCCUGUAUCAUGCAUAGGACAAUGAAAACAAAAGCGUUCAUGAAGACAAAGAGGAUUUCCUCAAAGCUUUUUAUAAUUACUGUGAGAAAGAAAAGUUAACCCCUUAAAUGCUCAUCAGUAAAACUAUGUUAAAUUACUGUUUCUUGACUCUGGUUGUGUUGUAUUUUUGGAUCAGGUGUGUCCUGGGAGAAAAUAAUACAAAGAAUCUUUUCAUUUUUUUCUCAUCCUACUUUGUUUUUCUGAAGCUAUAUUUAGUAGUGAUGCAAUGAUUCAGUUUCCCCAAAUUUCAGCUCAAACCUCCAUUUUUGGGUCAUGGUUUUGUUUCAGUUCCAUAUAUGAUUUGUGUAUCACAAAACAACUACAAAAAAUUGAAUAUUCAGAAAAAUCUUUUUUUUUUAUUACGUAUUAAUGAAGGAAAACCUUUCAGUUGGCUCAUACUAAGCCUAGUGUAAUGUAACAAAACAGUAACUACUAUGCCCUUAAAUUCAGCACAACAGUUGUUUGACAAUUUCAACAGGAACAUACUGUUAUGCAGUAGGGAUGCAACAAUUCACUUUCGCCACAAUUCGGUUUCCUAGUCUAACAUAUAGUGGUUUUUUAGAAGAACAAUGGUAUCCCUAGUAUUUAGCUCAUGUUGACACUGGUUGAGGACCAACUGACUUAACUAUCUUGAACUUCACCACUCGAAACACUUUUGUGGUAUGGCGGAAUCCAAAUUACCCCAGCUGCUUCUCCCAGUCCCUACAUUUUUCCAUCUCAGCGGAGAGAUAAAAAAAAAAUAGUGUCUUCAAAUUUGAAUGUUCCUACUGCUUGCCGACAUCCUCAAUGCCCGCUGGUCAUCUACGUUAGCUGCAAGCGCUCGGAAAAUACAUAACAUUUAUAACUCUAAAAAGUUAUGAAAGACGAAAACUCAAUACUAACAUUUAAGAGUCAACUUUUGUGCUUCAGAGCCCACCCACAUGAAGAAAUGCAUUCUCCUCCACCCGCAAGUGCAUCGAGGAUCACCCGACUGGUGGAAGAAUAGCCAGGCCUAAGUCGCUCCGCCUCCUCCUAAAAAAAAAAAAAAA